AUGGAGCCCCCCGAGGCGGCGGACGAGCUGUCCCGCCUGCGCGCCCUCUUCCUGGCCUGCGACGCCAGCGGCUCGGGCCGCAUCGAGCGCGAGGCCUUCGCGGCGCUGUGCGCCGAGCUGCGGGUGCGGCCGGCCGAGGCCGAGGCCAUCUUCCAGCGCCUCGACAGCGACCGCGACGGCGCCAUCACCUUCCCCGAGUUCGCCCGCGGCUUCCGCGGCGCCACCCGGCGGCGGCCGGGCGGGCCGGAGCCGGAGGAGGAGGCGGCGGCGGCGGCGUGGGCCGCGGCGGGGCUGGAGCAGCCCUGGAGGGACUUCGAGGUGCGGCUCGGCGACGAGGCGAGGUACAUCCCCAGACAAGAGCAAGUCAGUGUUCUGUAUCAGAACAUACACAUAGUGGAACCAAGAUUAAUCCAGCCCUAUGAACAUGUCAUUAAGAACUUCAUCCGAGAGAUCAAACUUCAAAGCACGGAGAUGGAAGCCUUAGCCAUUGCUGUAAAAAGAGCUCAGGAUAAAGCGGCAGUUCAGCUCAGUGAGCUGGAGGAAGAGAUGGAACAACGGAUACAGGCUGCAGAGCAUAAAGUUAAAAAGGAAGAGAAACGAAAAGCUGAAGAAGCACUAAAUGAACUGAAGCGUCAGUAUGAUACUGAAGUUGGGGAUCUUCAGGUGACAAUAAAAAAACUUAAGAAGCUGGAGGAGCAAUCCAAAAACAUAAAUCACAAGGAAGAUGUGAUUGAACUGAAAAAAAGGAUACAUGAUAUGUUGAUGGAAAAUCAGAAACUUAGGAAAGAUCUUCUAGAAGCACAGACGAAUAUAGCUUUUCUACAGAGUGAAUUAGAUAGUUUGAAAAGCGAGUAUGCAGAUCAGAGUUUGAACACUGAGAGAGAUCUAGAAAUGAUCCGAGAGUAUACUGAAGACAGAGAUAAUCUGGAAAGACAAAUUGAAAUACUUCAAUCAGCUAAUAGAAAGCUACAUGACAGCAAUGAUGGCUUAAGAAGUGCACUGGAAAACAGUUUCAGCAAGUACAACAGGUCACUGCGGCUAACAAAUACCUCACCAGGAAAUACCAUUUCUAGAAGCAGUCCCAAAUGUAGUGGUGGACAGUCUCCUCUAAACCCACGGUAUGACAGAUCUUCUCAUUCUUCUUGUGUGGAUGAAGAGUAUGAUUCUUUAGCCCUUUGUGACCCUAUGCAAAGGAUAAACUGUGAGGUUGACAGCUUACCUGAGAGUUGUUUUGACAGUGGUUUGUCUACCCUGAGAGACUCAAAUGAAUAUGAUUCAGAAGUGGAAUACAGACAAAGGAUUUUUCAAAGGUCACAAUGUAUGCAAGAAAGCUUUGGUGGUGAUGCUUCUGAUACUGAUGUUCCAGAGAUCAAGGAUGAAGAAGCAUAUAGUCCUGACAGCAGCAGUACGGUAUUAGACUGGAAGCCUUCACAACCAGUAAGUCGAAGCAGCUCAAAUGCUUCCACAAGGAAAUACAUAUCUGCUAUUCCACUUCAGGUAACAUUUUUUUUUCUUAAGAAAGAAAAAAGAAAAAAAGAUAGAAGUUCAGAUGCAAGAGAAUGUACUCCAAAAUACCUAAGUUCAGAGAAGGCUUACAAAAUAGUUCUUGCUGGAGAUGCAGCAGUGGGAAAAUCCAGUUUCCUUAUGAGACUUUGCAAGAAUGAAUUUCGAGGCAAUACCAGUGCAACCCUAGGUGUGGAUUUUCAAAUGAAGAGAUUAGUUGUUGAUGGAGAACCUACAGUGCUACAACUGUGGGACACAGCUGGGCAAGAGAGAUUUCGAAGUAUUGCUAAAUCAUACUUUAGAAGAGCAGAUGGUGUCUUACUGUUAUAUGAUGUAACAUGUGAAAGAAGUUUUCUUAAUGUACGAGAAUGGGUGGAUAUGAUUGAGGAUGCAACUCAUGAGAAUAUUCCAAUUAUGAUGGUGGGAAACAAAGCAGAUCUCCGUCAAGCAGUUACAGAACAAGGACAAAAAUGUGUGCCAAUAAACUAUGGAGAAAAGCUGGCCAUGACUUACAAUGCAUUAUUCUGUGAAACAAGUGCUAAAGAUGGUUCUAAUAUUGUAGAAGCAGUUCUUCAUCUUGCUCGUGAAGUGAGAAAACGAAGUGACAAUGAAGAUGAUACGAGGUCAGUAACCAGCUUGGCUGGGACACCCAUCAAAAAAUCACCAUUCGCGAAGAACUGUUGCAAUGUUUGAAUGACAGAUUUUCUUUCUGACCUAAAUAACUUAGUUGUAUAUUUUUACUGU